AUGGCAGGCAGACGUGUGGUGUCCGGUGUACCGCAGGUGGACAACAACAGCGACAUGCGGAUAACCAACACUCUCAGCAUGGCUGGACCAGCUUUAGUAGUAAUGGUCGUAUUAAUAUCUUCCAAAGAGGCAGCGACCAAUCCUUUAACGCCUGAGAAAAUCCUUCUUCAUGCGGAAGAUCAAACAAGCAAGAAAAUACAAAACAUAGUACCCGGAGAAAAACAGAAAAAUGCAGAAGGAGAUCUGAACGCGAGCGAGGCUUUCACUCAUCACCACUACCACUCUGGGCAUGCAGACCAUGCACACAAACACGAGGGUCAUGCAAAGCAUGAGCACAAACAUCAAGGAAAAGCCGAACAUGCUCAUCACCACGGUGGACAGUUUGGUCAUGGCCACAAACAUCACGGACAUGCCUCGCACGAGCACAAACAUCACGGAUCCGCUGAACAUUCCCAUCAUCAUGGUGGAGAGUUUGGUCAUGGCCACAAGCACCACGGAUCCGCUGAACAUUCUCAUCAUCAUGGUGGAGAGUUUGGUCAUGGCCACAAGCACCACGGAUCCGCUGAACAUUCUCAUCAUCAUGGUGGAGAGUUUGGUCAUGGCCACAAGCAUCAUGGAUCCGCUGAACAUUCUCAUCAUCAUGGUGGAGAAUUCGGACACGGACACAAGCAUCAUGGUUCAGCCGAACAUUCACAUAAACAUGGCGGAGAAUUCGGACAUGGACACAAGCAUCAUGGAUCAGCUGAGCAUUCUCAUCACCAUGGUGGAGAAUUCGGACAUGGGCACAAGCAUCAUGGUUCAGCCGAACAUUCACAUAAACAUGGUGGAGAUUUCGGACAUGGACACAAGCAUCAUGGUUCAGCCGAACAUUCACAUAAACAUGGUGGAGAAUUCGGUCACGGGCACAAGCAUCAUGGAUCAGCUGAGCAUUCUCAUCACCAUGGUGGAGAAUUCGGACAUGGGCACAAGCAUCAUGGUUCAGCCGAACAUUCACAUAAACAUGGUGGAGAAUUCGGUCACGGGCACAAGCAUCAUGGAUCAGCUGAGCAUUCUCAUCACCAUGGUGGAGAAUUCGGACACGGGCACAAGCAUCAUGGAUCAGCUGAGCACUCUCAUCACCAUGGUGGAGAAUUUGGUCACGGGCACAAGCAUCAUGGUUCUGCGGAGCAUUCACAUAAACACGGUGGAGAAUUCGGACACGGACAUAAGCAUCACGGAUCAGCUGAACACUCUCAUCACCAUGGUGGAGAAUUUGGUCACGGGCACAAGCAUCAUGGUUCAGCUGAGCAUUCACAUAAGCACGGUGGAGAAUUCGGACACGGACACAAGCAUCAUGGCUCGGCGGAACAUGCUCAUCACCAUGGUGGAGAAUUCGGUCACGGACACAAGCAUCACGGCUCGGCGGAACAUGCUCAUCAUCAUGGUGGAGAAUUCGGACACGGACACAAGCAUCAUGGCUCUGCAGAACAUGCUCAUCACCACGGUGGAGAAUUCGGACACGGACACAAGCAUCACGGCUCGGCGGAACAUGCUCAUCACCAUGGUGGAGAAUUCGGACACGGACACAAGCAUCAUGGCUCUGCAGAACAUGCUCAUCACCAUGGUGGAGAAUUCGGACACGGACACAAGCAUCACGGCUCGGCGGAACAUGCUCAUCACCAUGGUGGGGAAUUUGGACAUGGACACAAGCAUCAUGGAUCUGCAGAACAUGCUCACCACCAUGGUGGAGAAUUCGGACACGGGCACAAGCACCAUGGAUCUGCGGAACAUGCUCACCAUCAUGGCGGAGAGUUCGGACACGGACACAAGCAUCAUGGGUCAGCAGCUCAUGCUCAUAAACACUCUGGUAGCGCCAACCAUGGCCACCAUCACUCUGCACCCGAUGAUGACAGUCAUGGAGGUGGUAAUAGCGGUGGUCAUCACGAUUUUGAUGUCACUUACUUUGCUAACGCCCGUCUCUUCCAAGACGAUGCUGCAAGCCAGGUAUUCGCCAUUCCUGCUGAAGCUCAAGUUCGAGGAAUUGUGAUUCCGGCCGAUCCUGUGAUUGGGGUCCUACAGCAACCAACAGUCGAGCUUAUUCAACACCCUUGA